GGCAUGCGACGUCGCUGGAGAGACACUGCGCACUUGAGAAGCAGCCUGCACGGACGUCAUGGAUGCCAGGGUCUUGGUCCUCGCUUUGAUUCUACUCUCGUCCGCUCUACUGGCGGAUGGUCAGUUCGGAGGAGAAAGCGGCUUUAGACGACGCAUCCCUGGAGGAGGAAGGCGAGAAUACGGCUGCGGAGGCCGCAUCUGUCGUCGCGGGACACGAUGUGUGCGGGUUCAGUGCUUUCGUGCUCCCUGUCCCAAUAUUGCGAACUGCCUCCCCUACUAUUAGUGGUUCUGGAGAAUCAAGACCUCUUCUUCCAGAAUUGGAAGUACUACCUUGUAACAAAAUAAACAGUGCAAGU